ACACAUGCUAAGAGUGAAGAUACGAGACGAGCCACAGAUAGAAUUCAACGAAAAUGGUACACUGAAAAGGACAGAGGUUACCAUUAUUAACCUGCAGUGGUUAGAUGGACAGAAGGAUAAAACCGAGUGGAAAGAGCGAGCCUUUCUAAGAGUUGCUACCUUGAAUGAACUUCCAUAUGUCAUCUAUAAUGAACCCAAAGAGGAUGGUGUUUGCGAAGAGAAUGCAUUGCCUUGUAACACGUAUGAAAGAGACAAGAACAAAGAAAUAAAGAGUAAUGUGACGAGACUCCAGUGCUGUGUGGGCUUUAGUAUGGACCUUCUGAAAAUCCUCAGUAACCAGCUGAACUUUGACUUCAAAAUAACCGAAGUAGAAGAUGGCAAGUGGGGCAGUAUCAAUAAGGUAACAAAACAAUGGAAUGGGCUAGUCAAGGUUCUACUGGACAACAAAGCAGACAUCGUUAUGACUGCUCUGAAAAUCAACCCGGAGAGGGCAGAAGCAAUUCGUUUUUCGAUGCCAUAUUUGGAAACUGGGAUUAAGAUUAUUGUAGCAAUCAGAGAUGGUGCCAUUUCUCCAAUUGCCUUUUUAGAGCCUUUCGAUUUUUUCUCCUGGAUACUGAUCAUGUUGCUGUCUGUCCACGUGACCGCCACUGUAAUCUUCAUCUUUGAGUGGGCAGUGCCCAAGAACCCCCACGUGACACAAGAACCUUACGACUUCGCCUCUUGGUCGCUAAUCCUAAUCUUCAGUGUUCACGCCACGGGAUCAUCAAUUCUAAUCUUCGAGUGGUUGAGUCCGUACGGACUCAAUAGUAGACGACCACCAAUGCGAGAGCAUCGUUUUUCUCUGUUCCGAUCUUUCUGGUUAAUCUGGGCAAUGCUCUUUAGGAUCGCUAGUCGGUUUCUGGCCAAUAUUUGGGCUCUGUUCGCCCUGGUUUUCCUGGCCUCCUACACGGCCAACCUGGCAGCUUUCAUGAUCACCAAGGAGGUGUACUAUGACCUUUCUGGAAUCAAAGACCCCCGGCUGCAGAAUCCAUACACUGAAAAGCCUCCUUUCAAGUACGCCACAAUCCCCAACGGCAGCACGGAAGCAAACAUUCGAGCCAACCAUAAAGAGAUGUACAACUACAUGAAGCCGUACAACCUGCCGGACGUUGAUGCUGGCAUUGCAGCACUCAAACAAGGAAUCAUCCAGGCUUUCAUAUAUGACUCAUCAGUGUUGGAAUACUACGCCUCGAGGGACCCCCAGUGCCGCCUGGUCACAGUAGGCAACCGGUAUGCAAUGACGGGUUACGGGGUGGGGUUCCAGCCCGACUUUAAUAACCCGUGGAUUGACAAGUUUAACAAAGUCAUUCUCAAGCUGCAGAAAAGUGGUGAAUUAGACCGGCUUCAGAAGUUCUGGCUGGCUGGAGCCUGUAACAUGAACAAAGACCCCGGCAUCUCUAACCGGACGUUGGGGAUCAUCAACUUCACUUCUGCCUUCAUCCUGCUGGGUACCGGGGUCUUGCUGAGCAUUCUGAUUCUGUUCUGUGAACACAUGUACUUCAAGUUUGGGCGGAAAUAUCUCAAGAAAUGGGACAAGUGUGGUUGUUGUGCCAUGGUCUCUUUGAGUGUGGGGAAAUCUCUGGAGUUCCAGGAUUGCGUCAACGAAGCACUGCACGAGCAAUCCAAGAAUAAGUGCAAGAAUCCACGCUGUGAGACUCAGAUAUGGAAGCUACGGCAUCAGCUAGACAUGGCCCUCCUGAAGAUUGACAACCUGGAGAAUCAAAUUAGCUUCGACAUGGUCGUUCUUGGGGGUGGUAACUUUGGCGGGGACACGUACGUGGGGUUUGAUGACCUCAGUAGUAACGAUGAUAGUGCUCGGAGCAGCAGUGUUUUGAUGGGACAAGAUGGCGCACUUUGUUCAUCGCCAGCCCAUCUUUUGAGACGGACACCCAGUUACACCUCAGCAAUUGGUGGUAGCAUGAAUGUUCAUUUGACAGACGAUGCCUCUUCUCCGCUACAUACUGGACGGACCAGGCAGUUUGAUGGCAAGAAGUACAUGGGUGUCGACAACCAUAGCCCUCCUACGUUAUAA